AUGAAUUCAACGUGCGUCAAAGUCACUCACGUGAUAUUUGACUUGGAUGGAUUAUUACUCGAUUCUGAAACAGUCUAUACACGUAUAAAUGAAGAAAUUUUGCUUGGUUACGGUAAAAAAUAUACGAUGGAUCUAAAAGCCAAAACAGCGGGAAUGGGAAUGAAUGAAUCAAUCAAUGUAAUAUUAAAACACGAAGAUUUAAUUGGAAAGGUAACAUUGGAGCAAUAUAGAAAGCAAUAUUUGGAGCUUGCAAGUAAAUAUUUGCCUGACUCGAAAUUAUUACCUGGUGCAUUGCGUCUAGUGAAACAUCUUGCUAAACAUUUAAUACCAAUAGCACUUUGCACUGGUUCAAACACUUUUGAAUUUGAGACUAAAAUGCAGAAACAGCAAGAAUUACUGCAACUGAUAAAUCUUCGAGUUCUCGCAGAUGAUCCAUCAUUGAAACGUUGUAAGCCAGCGCCAGAUGCAUUUUUAAUUACGAUGCAACGAUUUGUUAAAAAACCAGCAAGUGCAGCCAAUGUUUUGGUAUUUGAGGAUUCCAUUAAUGGUGUUCGAGCAGCUAUUGCUGCUGGUAUGCAAGUAAUUAUGGUUCCCGAUUCUCGUUACUCAAAGCCACCGGAUGAUUGCAAGAAGAUGAUUCGAUUUGUUUUGAAAAAUUUAAAUGAAUUUCAACCUGAAACAGUAGGAUUACCACCAUUUGAUUAA